AUGCUGCUGCUGCUGAUGCGAAUAGGGUCGCUAGUCACGGGCGCUGGCGGAGAGAUAUCUAUAAUAUUCUUCGCACAACCAGACUGCCCCUCCAGAUUCGCUUACCAGGAUCAGUAUCGUAUCAAGGGCCUCAAUGCCGAAACACUCGCCUCUGCAGAAUAUACCCCCCUGCAGUUGGAUGUUAUUGUUGCCUUAGAAUGGACUGAAGAGUGGUUUUUUAUGAAUGGCCGCGUCCACCCCUACGCACUUGCAUGGGAGGUUAAGCAGCAAGACAGUCUAGAAUCUGAUAUAGGCCGCACCGUUCUCUAUACCAUACCUGCCCUUAUUAUCUGUGAUAAAGGCUGUCAGCCCGUUCUUCCCAGGCUCUUUACCUCUAUAGACAGCUUCCUCUGUGUCCCGCCUGUCGUUUCCUUUACCGGCCCUAUUGUCGGCCCUGGUAACUGCUUGCUGCGACAGGACCUUCUCCCGGGUCUGGACACCACCCAACUAAAGUGCUGCGGCUUCAUCCAGCUUUCCACUUAUCUUACCCCAGGAAAUCCCGACAAGACUCCCUUCAGAGGCUUUUACCCUUUCCAGGUCUUCGUCAUCUUCCCUAUUCACACGAAUCCCUGGGCUAUCCUGUGCAGGAAGAUGACCGAGAGGCGAGAUUCCCACAACCCAGCCGGCCUUGCCUCUCUCUACACCACCAAAACAACAAACUUCCUCGGCUUCCUCUGCUUUCUAAGAUAUACACGCUACCUGUUAUUCUGUGGCUACGCCUAA